AACAUGCACUAUACACUGCAAAGAUCAUCAAAUCAACGGUCUGGAUCACCUAAAUUGGCCCCGCUUACCAACUUAUCGAAGGAUGUCGUGCAUAUCCUCCAACUAAUCUGCCUCUUCGCCGCUCUCUCUCAUCGUUUUCUUUCCAUUUCUUAUAACGUUUCAACAUCCCACGAGCAGACACCUCUUCCAUCUGCUAAUUCCUUUUUUUUAAUCCUUAUCUCUGCAACUCCACCUCUUCAAUUAUUUCUGUCUGUGUCCUUCCCAUAACUCCUCUCUCUCUCUCUCUCUCUCUCUCUCUCAAUACCCACAUAGAAUAGAAGAAGAAGUAGUGUAAAGAAGAGCAAGAAAUCACAACCACCUUCUUCUUCCCUCUACACCAAAACACUUCCAUGGCACUCGAGUCAUGGCUAAUCAAGGUAAAAACUGCCAUUUCCAACAAGAUCGACACCGUCCACAAAGCCACAUCCAAGACCGCCAAGCGAUCCAACGUAGGCGUCUUAGCCUUCGAGAUCGCCGGCCUCAUGUCUAAGCUCCUCCAGCUCUGGCAAUCCCUCUCAGACAAAAACAUCGCCCGUCUCCGCCACGAAUCCAUCUCCCUCAUAGGAGUCCGAAAGAUCGUGUCCCACGAUGAUACCUUCCUCUUAGGCCUUGCGUGCGCCGAGAUGGUAGAGAGCCUACGCCUCGUCGCCAAAUCAAUAUGCAGGCUCGGGAAGAGAUGCGACGACUUGGGUCUCCAGCAGUUCGAUCGCUUCUUUGAUGAAUUCGCCGAAUCGGGUCGGGACACUCACAACUGGAUCAUGACAUGGAAGGAGAUGGAGUCGAGAGCGGCUAAGAAGAUGAAUCGAUACGUAACCGCGACUGCAGCCCUUCAUAAACAGAUCGACGAGCUCGCAGAAACUGAGCAUGGAUUGAAAAAGCUACUCCAAUGCAGCAGCGAACAAGGGCAUGAAUCUCCAAUCAAGAUAAAAAAGAUCGCAGAGCUCCAGCAGAAACUCUUCUGGCAGAAGCAGGAAGUAAAGCACUUGAAAGAGAGCUCGUUAUGGAGCCGUAGCUUCGAUGCCGUUACAUCAUCGCUAGCAAGAUCGGUUUUCACCGUCCUUUCAAGAAUCAAGCUAGUUUUUGGAGUGGGGCACGAACUACCGCCGGCCAUCGCUUCUCUUCAUCGCAGCCUAUCCGUCUCCGCUACCGUCCAUCCUUCCGAAAACCCCACCACAUGCAAAUUCAUAUCUGGGCCAUUGACAACAUCAAAAUUUCAGGAUCACCAUCGAGAUCACACGAUCAACUUCCUUGAUUCGAACAAGAAGCUGCUAAAACCACCGGCGUCGACGUUAGGAGCGGCUGCACUCGCGCUCCACUACGCGAAUCUGAUAAUCGUGAUAGAGAAGAUGAUCCAAUCACCGCAGCUGGUUGGCGUCGAUGCUCGGGACGAUCUGUAUGUCAUGUUGCCUACGAGCAUACGGGUGUCGCUGCGAGCAAGAUUGCGAGGCGUGAGGUUAUCUGCUAGCGAUCCAGCGCUGGCUGGAGAGUGGCGAGACGCGCUGUGGAGGAUCUUGGAAUGGCUAGCGCCGCUGGCGCAUAACAUGAUAAAAUGGCAGAGCGAGCGGAGCUUCGAGCAGCAGAACAUGGUGCCGAGGCCCACCACAAUUCUUCUCCUCCAGACGCUCUUCUUCGCAAACCAGGAGAAGACGGAGGCUGCCAUCACCGAGCUUUUGGUGGGUCUCAAUUAUAUAUGGAGAUUCGAGAAGGAGAUGAAUGCAAAAGCAUUGUUCGAUUGCUCCAAUUUCAAACAAGGAUUGUCUGCUGAAAUCAGCCCUACUUCUUCUGCUUAGAUUUUCUUUUUAUUUCUUUUCUUCUUCUUCUUCUUUUUC